AUGGGCUCAACUCGCCGGCCGAACUUCCUCAUCAUUGUCGCUGAUGAUCUCGGAUACAGUGACACCAAGCCGUUUGGAUCGGAAAUUGAAACCCCAGCACUUGAUUUUCUGGCACGUACAGGAACAUGCCUGACCAAUUUUCACACCGCGUCGGCCUGUUCACCGACUCGCUCGAUGCUGUUCUCCGGCACCGACAAUCACAUUGCCGGGCUGGGCCAGAUGGCCGAACACAUGAGAAAUGCCAAACAAUACCAAGGCAAACCAGGAUAUGAGGGAUACCUCAAUUGGAGAGUAGCCGCCUUGUCCGAAGUGCUGCAGGAUGCUGGCUAUUUCACGGCCAUGUCAGGAAAAUGGCAUUUGGGACUGAAGCAAGAGAUCGCUCCCUGUUCUCGCGGGUUUGAGAAGAACUUCUCAUACCUUGCUGGAUGCGGAAACCACUUCAACUACGAGCCUCAACUGGAACAUGCUGGAGAUGGCUUCCUGGCCCCAUUGAAAUCAUCCGCCUUCUGGAUGGAAGGGGACAGAUUCCUGGACCGAACCACCGACAUUCCCUCGGACUUCUACUCGACUACAACCUUUACCGAUCAAUUACUCCAAUACUUGACUUCCAGGGAAGAAGACGACGACCGACCGUUCUUCGCCUACCUCCCCUUCACGGCACCCCACUGGCCCCUGCAAGCUCCGCGCGAGCUAAUCAACAAAUACAAAGACCUCUACAACGAAGGUCCGGAAGUCCUCCGCCAAAAGCGCCUGGAGCGCCUCAUCCAACUAGGCCGCGUGCCCAAAGACGUCCAUGCUGCGCCCAUCACCCUCGAAAGCGACGACUGGGCCUGGAACAAACUCAGCGACGAGAAACGCGCCGACUCAGCCCGCAAAAUGGAAGUCUUCGCUGCAAUGGUCGAUCUAAUCGACCAGAACAUCCAAAGAGUCAUCGACCACCUCCAAUCAACCGACGAACUAGACAACACCUUCAUCCUGUUCAUGUCCGACAACGGCGCCGAGGGCGCAAUGCUGGAAGCCCUCCCUGUCAUGGGUCCCUCGGGCAGCAUCAAGGCUAUCAUCGAUAAGUACUACGAUAACUCGCUCGAGAAUAUAGGCAAUCCGGACUCGUUUGUCUGGUACGGCCCCGCGUGGGCCAGCGCAGCUAUGGCUCCUUCGCGUGGAUUCAAAACCUGGAUCACGGAGGGUGGCAUCCGGUGUCCGUGUGUGGUGCGGUUUCCGCCGCUGGGAGUUAGUAAUGGGCAGACUGACUCGUUUGCAACGGUCAUGGAUGUUUUCCCGACAAUUUUGGAUCUAGCGGGUGUGCCUCUUCCCGGGGAACAGUUUCGAGGGAGGGAGGUUGUGCCCGUGCGAGGUUCGUCGUGGGUGCCGCAUCUUGCGGGCCGGACGGUAGAAUUUCAUGAGGAUGAGGGGGGUUAUAUUACGGGAUGGGAGUUGUUUGGGAGACGGGGUCCGUGGAAGGCGCUCUAUAUGACUGCGCCGAGGGGCAAGGAUCGGUGGGAGUUGUAUAAUCUGGAGGAGGAUCCUGGGGAGGUGGAUGACCGGGCAGACUCGGAGCCGGAGAUUUUGCAGAGGUUGAUUGAACACUGGGAGGUGUACUAUUCUGAGACGGGGAUGGUUGAUCCGGCGCAGGAGUUUCCAUAUACGAAGAUUUGA